CAGUAGAGGUCUCUGAACAGACCCUCACAGGGCGUGUCCUGUCCCACAGGCCAGGCGUUAUCUGUGCUAUUUUAGCAAAACACCCAGCAGUGGGACCGUUUGGAAGUUAGCGGUUAGAGCGAUCUUAUGUUUUCUUUACUAAUUUGACCGACAUAGACUUCGUCUACGACGAUGCCUUCCAUUACAAGCUUUACGGUGACUUACGACGCGUUGAAUGACUGCGGGACGUUGUCGGAGGGGGAUAAGCUAACUGGCAAAGUGACGCUGUCCGUAUCAAAGGAGAUCACAGUUGAAAGCCUGUUUGUUAAAGUUAAAGGAGACGCCAAUGUGCAUUGGACGAAAAGGAUGAACGAUCGCACCUAUUCAUAUACUGCCCACCGUAGAUACUUCAAACUGAAGCAGUUUCUAAUUCCGGAGGGCGUUAAGGACACUGUAAUUCCCCCUGGAACCCAUGUAUAUGGUUUCAGCAUGAACAUACCAAGAGAAAACAUGCCCUCAUCCUUCAGGGGGAGUCACGGAAAGAUUGUCUACAUGCUGGAAGCGAAACUGUCCCGGAGUUGGAGGAUGGACCGUACAGUAGAAAAGGAGUUAAAUUUUGUCUCCAAGUCCAUUGCGAACCCUCAGACUCUGAUGUCAUGCCAGACUGGUUCAACAAACAAAGAGAUGGGGGUUUUCUCAAAAGGAAAUGCACACAUGAAUGUCAUCGUUGACAGGAGAGCUUAUGCCCCAGGUGAUUCUGUGGUGAUUGAUGCAAAAAUCAACAAUUCCUCUUCCAGUGAGAUGACACCCAAAUUUAGUUUAAUUCGGGAUGUGGUCUUCCGUGCCCAAGGCAAUACAAAACAUGAGGAAAGUGUUGUCAACAAAGUGGCUGACAAGUGCAUCAAACCCCAGACAGAGAAGACGGUUAAGUGUGUCAUGAAGAUUCCUCGUGAUCUGGUUCUGACUAUCCAGAAUUGUGAAAUUAUCUCAGUGGAAUACCAUUUAAAGGUGUACUUGGACAUCAGCUUUGCUUUCGAUCCAAAGAUCCUGUUUCCCGUGCUUAUCAUCCCCCCUGACUUAGUUUCUGGCCAUGGGGUGGCUAUGGGUCCCUAUCCAGCAGGAGCUAUUGGGGGACCAGGUACCAGUGACUUCCCUCCCCCUUCAGUGGCUAUGGGUCCCUAUCCAGCAGGAGCUAUUGGGGGACCAGGUACCAGUGACUUCCCUCCCCCUUCAGUGGCUAUGGGUCCCUAUCCAGCAGGAGCUAUUGGGGGACCAAGUACCAGUGACUUCCCUCCCCCUUCAGUUGCUAUGGGUCCCUAUCCAGCGAGAGCAAUUGGGGGCCACAACAGCUUCACUCCUCCUGUGGUGGCUGUGGGUCCCAAUUCUUAUCAACAUCCAGGAGCCCAAAGUUAUUCAGCACCACCACCCCAGUACCCAGGGCCACAGCAGGCUUCUCCAUAUGGAGACCCAUUUACGUCUUCGUCUUCUGUGCUUCACCCUCCACCUACUGCCCCCAUAUUUCCUCCACCCCUUUCUGCCCCUUUUUCUCUACCAUCUAGCACAUCCGCAGCCACCUCUACAUACCUCACGCUGCCAUCUGCACCAGAGAUGACAACAGACUUCCUGUCUCAGUCGGAUGAACCUCCUCCAGCAUAUUCACUCCUUUUUCCCUCUUCUGCUCCUGAAACAUCUGGUGCAAAAUAAUGGAAUCUUACCUUUGACUCUUUAUUAGUGUUGUAAAAUUAGUUAACAUUAAAUUGGAAAUGAAAAAGCCAUUAUGUGCCAUAUUUACUCUUUGCAUGUAAACAGCCAGAAAUGAAAUAGGCCUUGUGCAUGGUGGUAGUUGCUUCCUAUGUAGUUCAGGUUGCUAUCUGCCUUUGUCCUGCCAAUAACAUAAAUAUUUAUACCUCGGCCAUCAGGAUACACUGUGUAUUUUACGUGCCUUGUUCAACUCAGGUGUCCUAGGCUGAUCAUUUCUUCAGCAUAAUUGUUUAUAUUUACUCUUUCUACCUCUUUCUUCUGUUUGACAGUGAGUAGAAGUAAAGUUUAUCAUGGGUCAAGAAAAACUUUGUAUUAUAUAUAUGUAUGUUCUGACAUUUUUUUCUGUUUUCAGGUCUGUUGAGUUUAAUGAGACUUCUGUCUUGUUCAUUACACGGUACUUUGCAUACUGGAUUUCUUAUAUUCUCAGAUGGCCAGUGUUUUUCUGAAGUGUUAAUUUAAAUAAAGAACUGUAAGGUAAAA